AUGAAAGUUAUUCGAGAUUCAUAUUUGUCCAAGUAUCAAGUACAAAUUGAGAAAGAUAUGGAAACAAAGGUGACAGGGCUUUUUGGUCGUAUGUUAAGAGUACUGUUAAAGGUUCCACGAAACGAUGAUCAACUGAUGGUUGACUCUGAUCUGGCUGAUGAGCAUGUUAAACUGAUCAGUGUGAGAGGUGUAGAAGCAAUUGGUAGAGAUGUGGAUCUUUUCACAGAGUUAUUUGCCGGUCAUAGCUGGGGUCAAAUAGCUGCAUUUCUUCAGAGGUUCAAAAUGAGUGACGUUCGAAGGAAAAGUUUACUGAGCUAUAUAAGGCAAGAUAAAAAUCUUCACGCUGAUAUUCAAAAGAUGCUUUUGGUUAUUGUUAAAAUAGCCCAAAAUGAGCAAUUAUAUUUUGCUGAACAGCUGUAUACUGCAAUUUUUGAUGGUGACGGUGACCACGAUACAAUUAUUCGUAUUGUUGUAACUCGAAGUGAAAUUGAUUUGGCCGAUAUAUGUGAAAUUUAUGAAGACAAAUAUAAACGUUGUCUUCAGACAGACAUUAGUAAAAAAUGCAGCGGAGAUUAUGCAAAACUGCUGUCACGGCUUAUCAAAUGUACCGAUAAAUUUGAUAAUCAUUUUAACAUCAUUGAAGUUGAAUAA